UAUAAUUUGCAAAUGAACAAAGGACCAAAUCUACUGGCGCUCGCGAUCCUCCUCGUCUCCACCGCGCCGGCGCCGUCCGGCGGUGACCGGUCCUUCUGCAGCGAUGCCACGUACAAGCGAAACAGCACCUACAUGUCCAACCUGAGGACGCUCGCCGAUGCGCUGAUCGGCGAUGCCGCCAGGCUGCACUCGGCCACCGGCGCUGCCGGGGAGGGCCCCGACAGGGUCUACGGCGCCGCGCUCUGCCGGGCGGACUCCGCGGGCGCCGACUGCGCCAGGCGCAUCCGGGAGGCCCUCGGCGCCAUCGACGGCGGCAGCACCAGCGGCGACGCCUCCUGCGCGCUGCGCAGGGACGUGGCCGUCUACUCCGAGCUGUACCAGCUCCGCUUCUCCGACAGGGACUUCCUUGCCGACUUCAGCAACGCGCCGGAAUGGGCCGACGUCACGAACACGGACGCCGUGCCGCACGCCGUGGCCGCGCGGUUCGAUGAGCGGGUCACGGAGCUGUUGACCGCGCUCGCCGACGCCGCGGCCAGGCGGCCGGACAGGUGGGCGGUGGGCGAAGCGCCGUGGCCGUCGUUGUCGUCGGGGGAGACGGACCGGGCGGUGUACGGGCUGGCGCAGUGCACGCGGGACAUGCCGCCUGACCGCUGCCGGGCCUGCCUUGGUGGCGUCGAAGAAAGGCGGAGGAUGAUCGGCGGCGGCAAGAUGGGUGGGGCGGUCUUCGGGGCGCGGUGCAACUUGCGGUACGAGAUGGACCUGCAGUUCUUCAACGUCAACGACAACAGCAAGAUGCUGUCCCUACGACAAAAGAAAGACCGUGCAUUCUUCAUCAUUGCAGCAGUUUACUCUUCCGCAGUCCUCUCUACACGGUUGUUUUUCUGGCUCCUAAGUGUCUGGAGGAAAGCAAAAAGAAGAAAAAUGAACUCGAUGAAGGAGCCCAAGAACAUUGAUGAAGUACUUAGGCUAUGGAGGCUCGAAGACACUAGUUCAGAGUUCUCAUUGUAUGAUUUCUCUCAGAUUGCUGAUGCUACAGACAACUUCUCAACCAAAAAUAAACUAGGAGAGGGUGGAUUUGGCCCAGUUUACAAGGGAGUAUUUCCUGAUGGACAAGAUCUAGCAAUUAAAAGGCUAUCUGCUCGAUCACGACAAGGUCUAUUAGAGUUCAAGAAUGAGAUCCAGGUUGUAGCAAAACUUCAGCACAGAAACCUUGUUAGGCUGUUUGGCUGUUGCAUCCAUGAAGAAGAGAAGAUGCUGGUCUACGAAUACCUGCCCAACAAAAGCUUGGAUCACUUCAUUUUCGAUCCGAUCAGGCGAGCGUCACUCAAAUGGAAGAGACGAAUUAAAAUAGUUGAAGGUAUAGCUCAAGGGCUUCUGUACCUUCACAAUCACUCACGACUACGCAUAAUCCAUAGGGACUUGAAAGCAAGCAAUAUUCUGUUAGAUUCUCAACUAAACCCUAAGAUUUCUGAUUUUGGAAUGGCAAGGAUAUUUCCAUCAGAUGCCACUCAACUAACAGCAAGCAGACUUGUGGGCACAUUUGGAUACAUGGCUCCUGAAUAUGCAUCUGAUGGCCUUCUCUCAAUCAAGUCAGAUGUUUUCAGUUUCGGGGUCCUGCUUCUUGAGAUUAUAAGCGGAAAGAGGAGCUCAGGUUUUCAGUUCAAUGGAGAAUUCUACAACCUCCUUGAAUAUGCCUGGCAAAUGUGGAAAGGUAGGAGAUGGAAUGAGUUCAUCGAUCAAUCACUUGGUGAUGAAUACGAACCGGAAGAGCUGAUGAAAUACCUUGCCGUGGCAUUGAUGUGUGUUCAAGAAAAAACAAUAGAUCGUCCCACAAUGGCUGAUGUUGUUGCAAUUCUUAGCAGCGAUGGCAUCACUUUGCCAGAACCAAAGCAACCAGCUUACUCCUAUGCGAAAUUAGAUGUGUCAGUGAAUAUCAAUAUAUUGAGUAGCAGAAAUGAUGUGAGCAUCACUACUACAAAUGGCAGAUAGUAGAAUGUCGAUACUGUUAAUGAAGUGUGAGUUACAGGUCUUGACCAUCCUUGUGUUAAUUAAUUGUACAAGGCAGUGUGUUCCACUGUUUCUCACCAGUUAGCCUGUUAGGCUGAUUUGACUAGCGGUUUUACAUAUUUAACAAGAUUUUCCUUAUUAUCUUGUGUAAACAGUGUAAGACUGAAUUAAUUUAUAUUUCAGUUCCAAACUGUUUACCGCUA